AUGGAAUCACCAAAAAAGGAUCUUUUCACGGCGGCAUUGACCUCCGUUUUGCCCACAGCGUCUUUGGCAGCUACCUCGACCGUAUCGUCUGGCGGCCACGACCACCAAAGCAUGGCCGCACCAUCGGCUGCAACCAACAGCAGUGCGCACAGCGCAAGUGGACAUGCAGGAGCUGCAUCUGGGAGCAGCACACCAGACUGCAAGAUCUCUAUGCUAUGGAACUGGCACACGAUCGACGCCUGCUUCAUCUCAGCCGACUGGCGCAUAACCAGCACAGCCACCUUCGCCGGCUCAUGCAUCGGCGUCCUGCUCCUCGUCGUCUGCCUCGAGGGCCUCCGCCGCUCCGUCAAGGAGUUCGACCGACUACUCGCCCGCCGGCACGCCGCCUCCCCGGACGCGGCCAGGCCGUUUCGCCCGAGCGCCCUGGAGCAGGGGAUCCGGGCGGCCCUCCACACGGCGCAGUUCGCCCUGGCUUACUUCAUAAUGCUGCUAGCCAUGUAUUACAACGGGUAUUUUAUUGUCUGCAUCUUCAUUGGUGCCUAUAUAGGCGCAAUGACGUUUCAGUGGGAGACUUUUCCAGGGUCAGGGGAGGUUGAUGGCGGUAGGACGAGCGCGGCGAAGGAGGCGACGAUGUUCUGCUUUGGAAAUGGCAGCAAAAGGCGGGACGCUGAGAACUUCAACCACAGUCUCAGGCGACCUUCAGGCUCGGGCGGUGUCUUCAGGUUCGAGAGGACACUGAGAUACGACUUUAGCACAGGGAUGCCAUUCAGCAAGUCCAGGAGUUCUUCGCACAAGUCACUCGACUCGAAAGCAAGUGGUGAAGUGGCGCAGAAGAUUGAGAAGUGA